AUGAAGAAACAUCUCUUUGGCGUGGUAGUUCGUUUACUUGCAACCUCGCCCUCAAACAAUAAUCGUCUGCUGUAUGAACACGGAUACCAUGCCGGAAACUAUGCCGAUGUAGUGAAGCAUACCGCACUCAUUGGACUCCUCAAACACAUGUCCAAGAAGAAGUCUCCUUUUUGCUACGUCGAAACACAUUCCGGUGCUGGUGGAUAUGCCUUGGCUUCCAAGGAAUCUCAGCAAAUGGCAGAACAUGAACAAGGGAUUUCCACGUUUCUGAAUGAUCAAACGACGGAUUCUGAUUUGUUACAUCCAUCUAUGGAAACCUUGCUCCGCAUUAUGGAGCAAGCAUCAUCUUCCAACGUGGAUCUGAUGGAAGGGGGGACGUUCUAUCCUGGUUCUCCAAUGAUUGCUUCUGCACUUUGUCGGGAACAGGAUUCACUGUUAUUAUGUGAAAAGGAAACAGAACAAUUUCAAUUGCUGCAAAGUCGGAUGCUGAUGGAUGGCGAGGACAACCACAACAAUGAUCGAGUUAUCUUGCUACAAGAGAAUGGAUACAAGGCUCUCAAACGCUUUGAAAAUCUUCAAUCCAACAAACGAGCCCUGAUCUUUAUUGAUCCACCCUACCAAAUGGGUUCCGAUUCCGAACAGAUUGCCUCCUUGGUGGGAUUUUUGGGGAAGCAUUGGCGAUCGGCACGGGUGGCCAUUUGGCACCCCGUUUCUAGGACGAAUAGAGAGAGGGCCGAUCGAUUGUAUGAGCUGGUCCAAAAGGCAGUACUUGGAGACAGCAGUAGUAGUAGUAGCAGUAGCAGUACCGAGUUGUUGGCCACAGAAUUGUACACUGAUCAUGAUGGUAAUGAUGAAGAUGAAACAAAUCCAAGUGUGGUGGGCACUGGAAUGUUGCUGGUCAAUCCACCGUUUGGAAUCGACGAGGAAUUAAAGGCCUUGUAUUCGUCACUUGGUGAUGCGCUGACUGGUGGUGGUGGGCACCCAAACAUCAUGAUCAAACGACUGUAA